UAGGCGUUAACGCGCGGGAAAAUCGUGAAAGGAUAAAAGGGUAAGUUGGAGCUUAUUUUUAGUCAGAGGUGUGAGCUAAUUCAAGCGAGAGAGAAAAGAGGAGGAGGUGAAGGAGGGGGAGACUCAGAUCAACGGUUCUGUUUGUUUCUUUGCAAUAUACUGUUUUAGCCAUUUCUUCUCCUCUCUGUCUUUCCCUCGUCUUCUCCUCCCAUGAACAGAGAGAACGAGAGACAGAGAGAGAACCGACAACGUUUCUGCCAAGGCUUUUCCUCUUUGUUUAGCUGGAGAGGAAAAGGAGCUUUUAGAGGAUCUUGCUUGUUUGUCUGCUAAGAAAAUGACCAUGAGGAGACGAGAGGAAAGGUGGUCAUCGUUGGGAGGUGACGAGUUAAUGUUAGGGGAUUUACAGGGAUCAAGUGGCCAAGACGAAAGAAUUUUUGUAUCGAUUAGAAUGAGGCCUUUGAACGAGAAAGAAAUUGCGAGAAACGAAGUCUGCGAUUGGGAAUGCAUUAACAGUACCACCAUUAUAUUCAAAAGCAACAUGCCUGACCGCUCCAUGGUCCCUUCUGCUUAUAAUUUUGACAAAGUAUUUGGGACCGAAUGCCACACGAAGCAGGUAUACGAAGAAGGAGCCAAAGAAAUUGCUCUUGCAGCAGUCAGUGGCAUUAACUCUAGUAUUUUUGCAUAUGGGCAAACAAGCAGCGGGAAGACAUAUACUAUGUGCGGAAUAACUGGAUAUGCAACGGCAGAUAUAUAUGAAUACGUGGACCAGCAUGAAGAAAGAGAAUUCGUAUUAAAGUUCUCAGCCAUGGAGAUUUACAAUGAAGCUAUCAGAGACCUCCUUAGCACAGAUAGUACUCCACUUAGAGUCUUAGAUGAUCCAGAGAAAGGCACUGUAGUCGAUAAGCUUAUAGAGGAGACUUUAAUAGAUAGGAACCACCUUCAGGAGCUCCUCUCUAUAUGUGAAGCUCAAAGGCAAGUAGGAGAGACCUCUCUGAAUGAGUGCAGCUCUAGAUCUCAUCAAAUCAUAAGACUAACAGUAGAAAGCUCCGUUCGUGAGUAUACACGUGGCGGAAGUUCAAGCACUCUCACAGCUCAAGUGAAUUUUGUCGAUCUUGCGGGAAGUGAGCGUGCUUCUCAGACAUUGUCAGCUGGUACGAGAUUAAAAGAAGGUUCCCACAUAAAUCGCAGUUUACUGACCCUGGGAACUGUAAUUCGAAAAUUGAGCAAGGGAAGAAAUGGACACAUACCUUACAGAGACUCUAAGCUAACGCGCAUACUGCAUAACUCCUUGGGAGGCAAUGCCAGAACUGCGAUGAUCUGCACUAUAAGCCCUUCACGCAAUCAUGUUGAGCAGUCAAGAAACACCCUCUUGUUUGCAAGUUGUGCUAAGCAGGUCACCAUUAAUGCACAGGUCAAUGUAGUGAUGUCAGAGAAGGCAUUGGUAAAGCAAUUGCAAAAAGAACUAGGUAGGCUAGAGGGUCGGUUAAAGAGCAUGGGAUCAAGUUCUGCCAAAGGUGAAACUGCUGCAUUACUGAGAGAGAAGGAACUCCUGAUUGAACAGAUGGAAAAAGAGAUUAAAGAACUAACUUGGCAACGUGAUCUUGCUCAAUCUCGAGUUGAGGGUUUGAUAAGAUCAACCGGAGAAGACAGAAUUUCAAGAUUUGAUGAAAACUCAGUAUCAGAAUCCUCAGAAGUGAUCAAUCCUAUCAUUCUUGCAAAAAACAACAUAGAUUUUGAAGAGGCCAGUUUGUUUACUCCUACCGCGCAAAUUCUGCAGAUUCCAGAUCUUGAAGACAAUUUUCUGCUGGAUGAUAGCACUCCAAAGUUUUUUGAGCCUGAUCCAUGUCAAGGUUGGGAGAUGAUUUCUCAACGAAACAAUGAGGAAACUGAAGAUAUGUGCAAGGACGUUCGAUGCAUUGAAAAAACAGAGGAAGCCAGCAUGAACAGGAAAACAGAAGGUGAUGCUUUGUCACUUGGUUGUGAAGAACAAGAAGAAAAAUUAGCCGCAAAAGAAGUUUGUAAUGGAAGUGCAGUACCAAGAAUGCAGGAAGAAGAUAAGGAGUUGAACCACGUUGAUUCUUACAACUCUAGUGAUGCUCUGAAGCAAAAAAUUCAGGAAUUGUAUGAGACUAUCAACCGUUUAGAACAAUCUGUUUCCAUUGAUGCAGCCGCUUCUAGCUCUAAAGGCUUGACAUGGACUCGAAGCAAAAGUAGGAGAACAAUUCAUAUGACUAUUCCAUCUGAAGUGUGGUAUGAAAAGGAACAAGAGAAUGAGAAGACACCUCAUACUGAGGACUCAAUCGAGAAGACACCUCUUUCUGAGGACUCAAUCGAGAAGACACCUCAUGCUGAGGAAUCUAUCGAAAAACCAUUAGACAUUGAACCCAAGCUCCCUGAAUUAGAGCAGGUUGACAAAACUAUGAAUAUGUCUAGGAAAGAUUCUCAUAAUUCCAUCAGUAGUGCUUCCACAGAAGAAGAAAGCAUCAAGGAGAUAGAUGUAGAUAUAGAUGUAGAUAUAUAUGUAAAUGACACUACUAGUGUCCUUGAUUUUGUUGCAGGAGUAAGCAAAUCACAGAUACCUCAGUCAGAGGUGGAAGAUAAUGAUGUUCCGGCUCUGGGAGCAUCAACUAGGAUUGGGGAGUCAGGUAACAGCAUAGAUGCAGGUGCAGAGAGAGGCUAUGGUGCUAGGCAGCAUCUUAACUGGCCCAAAAAAUUCCAAAAGUACCGGAGAAAGAUAAUUGAUCUAUGGACCAAAUGCAAUGUACCAUUGGUCCACAGAAGCUAUUUCUUUUUGCUCUUCAAAGGCGAUCCCUCAGACAAUGUGUACAUGGAGGUUGAGCUAAGAAGAUUGUACUUUCUGAAGGACACAUUUGCCCGUGGAACUAACGUAAUGAUAGAUACUCAGAUCGUCUCACAAUCUUCAAGUUUGAAGGCUCUCAAUCGUGAAAAGGAAUUUUUAGCGAAGCAAUUGCAGAAAAAGUUCACGAGAAGGGAGAGGGAAGAACUUUACCUGAGGUGGGGCAUUGACUUAGACACAAAGCAGAGGAGUCUACAAUUGACACGCCGUUUAUGGACAGACACAACAGACUUGAAACAUAUGAGGGAGAGUUCUGUGCUUGUUGCCAAGUUGGUUGGGUUUGUAGAGCCACGCUAUGCCCCUAAGGAGAUGUUCGGACUCAGCUUCUUAACCCCGUCAUCAUUAAGUCAGAAAUCCCACAGCUGGAGAGACAACAUGUCUUCACUAUCGCUAUUAUAAGCUUGUGAGAGGUGGAAAAGUUUAUUCGUCUCAUGGCUCUUCAUUGCACUUUAACUUGCAUAGUUGAACCUUCGAGUUCUCUCCAUUGUAAAUUUAACACGGCCUGCGAGCUGAUUUUAGUUGCAGAUUUUCUUUCGUUCAUUAAUUCUGCUGCUUAAAAGCAUUCCUAUGUACAUCCUUCUCUCUAUAUAAAUACGUGUAAUCUUCUCAGAGAAUGUUUAACAGAAGCAAAUGAGAAUCAUUAAUACAUUUCAGGCGA